AUGCCGGGCAGAAUCAUUGACACUUAUGAACAAGUCCCAGUGACCAAAGAGAACUUGGACUGGGCAGAGCUGAUCACACUCGAUCUGUCACUCUACGAUCAGCCAGGAGGCAAGGAGGAGCUGGUCAAGCAGCUUGAACAUGCUGUUCGCCACGUCGGGUUCUUCUACGUGAAGAACUUCAACAUCAGCCAAGAGGAGGUCGAUCGGCAGUUUGCGCUUGGUCGAGAGUUUUAUGCUCUUCCAUUGGAAGAGAAGCUCAAGUAUCACAGCCAGAGUGAUCUUGAAAGCGGGGAGUACAAUGGCUAUAGACCUGCGGGACAUCGCAAAAUCGCCAAUGGAGUCAAGGACAACAUUCAAGUCUACAAUAUUCCGAAAUUCGAUGGGUUCCACAAGCGACAGCAGCCACCAGUUCUGGGUGACAAUGUCCGUGAGAUUGAAGCUUUUAGCAGGAAAUGCCAUGAUGAAGUUGUGGUGAAACUACUACGCCUGUUUGCUCUCCUCCUCGAACUGCCCGACGAGGACCAGCUCGUGCGCGAUCACCAGUACGAUGUCAAGGGCGAGGACCAUUUGCGAUACAUGCAUUACGCGGCGCGCAACCUCGAGGACAACCAAAAGGUGGCCGACCUGUACGUCCCCGGACACACGGACCUGGGCACCCUGACGUUGCUCUUCCGCCAGCCCGUCGCGGCCCUGCAGAUUCUCAACUCGGAUGGCAACUGGAAGUGGGUAAAGCCCCAGGAUGGCACCAUCACCAUCAACACGUGCGACGCCCUGACGGCGCUCACGGGCGGUUACAUCAAGUCGAGCGUCCACCGUGUACACGCGCCUCCGGCUGAUCAGGCACAUGUUGACCGUUUGGGAGUUCUUUAUUUUGCCCGACCCAACAACCACGUCGUGCUAGACCCCAUUGCCAACAGCCCUGUCCUUGACCGUCUGGGACUCAAGACCAAUGCGCUCACCGAGCUGGGCCAGCACCUGACGACUGAGCAGUGGGUCAAGGUGCGUCAGACGCAGCAGCAGCGCCCAACCAAGGCGGCUACCAUCUCUACCGAGGGCAAGUAUACCUAUGACCAGAAAGACUUGGAGAUUUUGCCGGGCUUGCACGCAAAGAUACACAACUGA